UAGACUUUUGCGCAGGCGUAAAAGCUGCACACGUUAUUUUGGACUUGGACGUGGGUUUAUUAAAAACAGUCAAAUAUAAUCAUGUGUAAAUAGGUUCACUACACAGUUUUCGUUGUUUAUUGUCUCGGUGUUUCUUAUGUAGGUCUCCGGUUGGCCUGUUAGUAGCUGUUGCUCAAACCAGGCGACAGAAUUCAGACAGAAAAAGUUUUAAGAAAGCUAACUAGCCAGCUAGCUUAGCCCUCUGUAGCUUCAAGUGGCAGCAUGGCAGCUGUACUGGAGCUGAUUGCUGGGAGCUACGAGCAAAUCGCCUUUGGUUACCGAGUGAAAACCGAUGAGAAAGAGUGGACAGCCAAGGCAAACUUCACACAUCACGCCCACACAGCAUCCAUAUCAGCUGUGGCAGCCAGUGAGAGGUUUGUUGUCACAGGAAGCAAAGAUGAGACGAUACAGCUGUACGACAUGAAGAAGAAAAUUGAACACGGUGCUUUGCUGCAUCAUGACGGCACCAUCACCUGCCUGGAGUUUUAUGGGACGUCUCAUUUACUGAGCGGAGGAGAGGAUGGACUCGUAUGUGUGUGGAGCACGAAGAAGUGGGAGUGUCUGAAAUCCAUCAAAGCUCACAAAGGCCACGUCACAUCGCUCUCCGUCCAUCCAUCUGGGAAACUUGCACUUACAGUUGGGACAGAUAAGACUCUCAGAACAUGGAAUCUAAUUAACGGAAGAUCAGCCUUCAUCAAAAACAUAAAACAGAAUGCACACAUUGUCAGAUGGUCUCCAGACGGAGAUAAAUAUGUGGUUGUGGUGGAUGACAAAGUGAGCAUCUACGAGCUGGAGACGGCCUCUGUGACAGGAACAAUUACAAACCCCAAGAGGAUCUCAUCCGUAAAGUUCUUAAAUAACUCCAUCCUGGCCGUCGCAGGAGACGAUGAAAUUGUGAGGUUAUGUGACCUGGAAAAAGAGAAAUGGGUGUGUGAGUUUAAGGCGCAUGAAACCAGAGUGAAAGCGGUUGACAGUUUCAUUAUGGAGGAUUACUGCGUGAUGGUGACGGCUUCAAACGAUGGCUUCGUGAAAAUGUGGAAACUCCAUCUAAAAGAGGAGCUGGAGUCUCCCACUCUCCUUGGGGAAGUGAACACAACCGCCAGACUGACGUGCCUGGCUGUGUGGAAACCUUCAUCAGUGCAGCAGACCGCUGAGAAACCAGAAGCUGAGGCUACAACAUCUAAAGAGCUCGCUCGGGAGCUUUCAAAGACGAAGAGAGUCCGAAUUGCAACAGAAGAAGUCAUUCUAGAAGAUGAGAGCAAACCCAAAAAGAAGAAAAAGGACGGAGGAAAAUAAAACGGAAAAUAAUAAUAAUGUUUUAUUAUUCAUGGACUGGUUUAUGUCUGGACUUAUUUGGUCACAUAUGUAUUUGCUUUUUGUGGUUGCCACGGGGAGGUGAUAAAGUACUGCUUUUAAGUGCAGAUUGUAUGAAUAUAUUUGCUGUCAACACUGAAAAGAAGAAAAAUGACAAAUGGAAGUUGAGAUGGGCAACAAUAAAAAUGUUUUAUAAUCCA